CUCACGGGGCCCCGUGGAGGGGAGGAAAGGGAAAUUCUCCGCAAAAUUUUGCGGGGGAAAAUGCCCCCCAUCCCCACCUCGCGGGAAGGAAUAUUUCUCGAUGGGGAUCCCCACGGGACCGCGCGGGGAUCAAGGCAAAUUGUUAUUCCUAACAAGAAACAUUAUCAUUUACUUCAUAUGUAAGGCUACGUGAUACAUUUUUAAUAAGUUUAUUAUAUUAAUACUAAUAACAUGAAUUUUUUUUAAUACAUAAACAAUGCUCCGAAAUCUUCAAUGAAAUAUGAAGCAACUUCUUCAACAACAAGAAGUAAAGCCAAUGACGGUGAUAGUCUCCUUCAAAUAGAAGUAAGAAGUCUAAAGUUAAAGUUAUAUAAGUGGAGUUCCUUUUUAAAAGGAGGACAUGGUUUGCCUCCUACUGUACAAUGUAAGAUAGUAAAAUGAUAUCAAAUAACAAAAUUUUCAUUCAAUGUUUUAUUCUAUUUGUAGCUAUGCAUUACUUUUAGAUACAUAACAAUUAAAUCGCACAAUACAAUUUUUAAGAUAUUAAUCAUAAAUACAUUCAAUUCUAACUGGUGCUGCUGAAUCACUUGUUGAUGAUUAGUAUUGAUAUUCAUUUUCUAAGGUAAACAUGGCCUAUAUUGGUUAAACUUUUUGGGCAAAAAGAGAUUAAAUGAACUUGAAUAAAAAAUGUGCAUAUAUUAAAAGUUGAGGCACUAAAAAAAUGUAUCUUUA